UUUCUUCAUCCUGAGUCCUGAAGAGUCCUCCCUCUUCCUUCCCUCCUAUAGGCUUACAUCUGUCUUUUCUCCCCGCGCCCCCCCCAAAAUCCCCCAUCCAUUCCAGCACACAUUUAUUUCCUAUUUGGUCCGUAUUUAUUUCAAAACAAAAAUAAGACAAAAAGUUAAAGAAAUAUCAACGCAAAACAAAACCUAGAAAGAACUACUCCCUCAAAAUCACACAAACGUAAGACCUACACAUAACAGACACCAGCAAUGAAGCACCACCACCACCACCACCACCACCUCUCCACUGAUGCUGCCGUCCCCUCGUCGUCCUCUUCCUCCGACCAAGCCCAGAUGGCCCCAACCGCCACCUCUUCAUCCGCCUCAUCAUCCCAUUCAUCGGCUGCGACGGCGACGGCGACGGCGACGCCGAUGACGACUCCGGCCCAAUCUUCCUUAUCUUUUGACAAGCCCAUGUUGGCUGCCGAGGAUCCCGCCUCGUCCCGUGACGCAACGUGCGCCACCGCGGCGGCGGAGACUGUGGUGGUCGAGCGCCGAGGCGAAUACGCCGCCGUUUGCAAAUGGGCCAUCGCUAAUUUCCCCAGAGUCAAGGCUCGGGCGCUCUGGAGCAAGUACUUCGAGGUCGGCGGCUACGAUUGCCGCCUGCUAAUCUACCCUAAAGGUGACUCCCAGGCCCUCCCUGGAUACAUCAGCAUCUAUCUACAAAUCAUGGACCCGCGCAACACCACGUCGUCCAAAUGGGAUUGUUUCGCCAGCUACCGCCUCUCCGUCGACCACCCUUCCGACCCCACUAAGUCCAUCCACCGCGACAGCUGGCACCGCUUCUCCUCCAAGAAGAAAUCCCAUGGCUGGUGUGAUUUCUCUCCCUCUAACUCAAUCUUGGAACCUAAGCUCGGCUUUUUGUUUAAUAAUGAUUGCCUCUUAGUUACCGCUGAUAUAUUGAUCUUACACGAAUCUAUUUCGUUCUCGCGGGAUAAUAACGAUAUGCAGUCCAACCCUUCCUCUAAUUUGGCUGCUGGUGUUGUCAAUGGGGAUGUCUUGAGUGGGAAGUUCACUUGGAAGGUUCAUAACUUUAGCUUGUUUAAGGAAAUGAUUAAGACUCAGAAGAUAAUGAGCCCGGUUUUUCCGGCUGGAGAGUGUAAUUUGAGGAUUAGUGUGUACCAGAGCUCCGUGAAUGGGGUGGACUAUUUGUCAAUGUGCUUGGAGAGUAAGGAUACUGAGAAGAGUUUAGGGGUUUCUGAUAGGAGUUGCUGGUGUUUGUUUAGGAUGUCCGUGUUGAAUCAGAAGCCGGGGUUUAAUCACAUGCAUAGGGACUCAUAUGGGAGGUUUGCAGCCGAUAAUAAGAGUGGAGAUAACACCAGUUUGGGAUGGAAUGAUUAUAUGAAGAUGUCAGAUUUCAUAGGGACCGAGUCAGGGUAUUUGGUGGAUGACAUGGCAGUUUUCAGCACAUCGUUCCAUGUCAUUAAAGAACAGAAUAAUUUCUCUAAGAAUCCAGGGAAGGAUGCUGGCAAAAAUGGGAAUAUUGUUAGCAAGAAAAACGAUGGCCAUUAUGGGAAGUUCUCUUGGAAGAUUGAGAAUUUCACGAGGUUGAAAGACCUUCUCAAGAAGAGGAAGAUCACUGGGCUUUGCAUCAAGAGCAGGAGAUUUCAAAUUGGCAACCGGGAUUGUCGCCUUAUUGUUUAUCCUCGAGGGCAGUCUCAGCCACCGUGCCACCUCUCAGUAUUUCUUGAAGUUACAGAUUCCCGAAAUACUAACAAUGACUGGAGUUGCUUUGUGAGCCAUAGAUUAUCAGUUCUCAACCAAAAGUCGGAUGAAAAAUCUGUCACAAAGGAAUCUCAAAAUCGGUACUCCAAGGCUGCAAAGGACUGGGGUUGGCGUGAAUUUGUGACACUGACGAGUCUCUUUGAUCAAGAUUCUGGGUUUCUUGAGAAGGACGUUGUUAGCUUCUCUGCUGAAGUCCUUAUUUUGAAAGAGACAUCAGUAAUUCAGGAUUUAACCGAUCAGGACUGUGAGCCAGGAAAUACUCUUCCCUUGUCAGAAAAAGUUGGAAGAAGAAGUUCAUUUACAUGGAAGGUGGAAAACUUCAUGUCCUUCAAAGAAAUUAUGGAAACUCGGAAGAUAUUUAGCAAAUUCUUUCAAGCUGGUGGAUGUGAACUUCGGAUUGGUGUAUACGAGUCAUUUGACACCAUAUGUAUAUACUUAGAGAGUGAUCAAUCUAUUGGCACUGACCCUGAAAAGAAUUUUUGGGUCAGAUACAGAAUGGCAAUUGUAAACCAAAAAAACCCUUCAAAAACUGUGUGGAAGGAGUCCUCUAUAUGCACAAAGACAUGGAAUAACUCUGUUCUUCAAUUUAUGAAAGUGUCAGAUAUGUUGGAAGCAGAUGCAGGAUUUCUUGUGCGUGAAACAGUUGUCUUUGUAUGUGAAAUUUUGGACUGCUGCCCUUGGUUUGAGUUUUCAGACCUAGAGGUUUUAGCUUCCGAGGAUGACCAGGAUGCUCUGACAACUGAUCCUGAUGAACUGAUUGAUUCUGAGGAUAGUGAAGGGAUAAGUGGAGAUGACGAAGAUAUUUUCAGAAAUCUUCUUUCAAGGGCAGGAUUUCACCUGACUUACGGAGACAAUCCUUCGCAGCCACAGGUCACAUUAAGAGAGAAACUUCUCAUUGAUGCUGGUGCAAUUGCUGGGUUUCUGACAGGACUUCGUGUUUAUCUUGAUGAUCCUGCUAAAGUAAAGCGCUUGCUUCUGCCUACAAAGAUAUCUGGCUGUAAUGACGGAAAGAAGUUAAAUAAGAAUGACGAGUCUUCCCCCAGUCUAAUGAACUUGUUGAUGGGAGUUAAAGUUUUGCAACAAGCAAUUAUUGAUCUACUUCUGGAUAUAAUGGUCGAAUGUUGCCAACCUUCGGAAGAAAGUACAGCUGAUGAUUCCUCUGAAAUAAGUUCCAAACCUUCCCUAGAUGGUAGUGGUUCAACUACUCCACUUGAAUCAGAUAGAGGCAAUGGAGCAGUGGAGUCUGCACAACUUCCUCUACAUGACAGAUUCGAUUCAGCACUGGAUGAGAGCAUGAAUGCCUCUGCUGUGCAAAGCUCAGAUGUAGAUGGAAAUUUUGUGCUUGGGAAACCAGUUCCUGGACAACCUAUUUGUCCACCCGAAACUUCUGCUGGUGGUUUCUCUGAAAAUCCUACCAUGCGUUCCAAGACAAAGUGGCCUGAGCAGUCUGAGGAGCUUCUUGGGUUGAUUGUGAACUCUCUGAGAGCACUUGAUGGAGCUGUUCCUCAAGGUUGUCCCGAGCCAAGAAGAAGACCACAUUCUGCACAGAAGAUAGCUCUUGUAUUGGAUAAAGCACCAAAGCAUCUACAACCAGAUCUAGUUGCUUUGGUACCAAAAUUAGUUGAACAUUCAGAACAUCCGCUUGCUGCUUGUGCUCUUUUAGAUCGAUUACGAAAGCCAGAUGCAGAAACUAGUCUGCGCUUGCCUGUUUUCAGUGCACUUAGUCAGUUGGAAUGUAGCAGCGAAGUGUGGGAACGUGUUCUUUUUCAGUCAUUUGGGCUUUUGGCAGAUUCAAAUGAUGAACCUCUUGCAGCAACUGUGGAUUUUAUUUUCAAAGCUGCAUUACAUUGCCAACAUCUUUCUCAAGCAGUGAGAGCAGUGCGUGUUAGGCUAAAAAAUUUGGGGACUGAAGUUUCCCCAUGUGUCCUUGAUUAUUUAAGCCGAACUGUAAAUAGUUGUGCAGAUAUUGCUGAAGCUAUUAUGCGAGAUAUUGAUUGUAGUGAUGAUCUUGAUGAUAUCUCUGCAAUGCCUUCUGGGAUGUUCUUAGUUGGUGAAAGUGCGACAUCUGAGAGAAUGCAUGCAGUAAAUCAACAAGCUAUUCGUGCUAAUUAUUAUUUUUCAGACAUAUAUAUUCUUAUUGAAAUGUUAUCAAUCCCUUGCCUUGCUGUUGAAGCUUCCCAGACUUUUGAGAGAGCUGUAGCUAGAGGAGCCAUUGUAGCUCAGUCUAUGGCCAUGGUCUUGGAAAGACGCCUUUCUAGACGGUUAAAUUCGGCCUCUCAAUAUGUAGCUGAAAAUUUUGGGCACUCCGAUAUAACUGUAGAAGGAGAAACUAUUGAGCAGUUGAGGGCUCAACAGGAUGAUUUCACUUCUGUUAUUGGUCUUGCUGAGACACUGGCACUCUCUAAGGAUCCCUGCAUAAAAGAAUUUGUAAAGAUGCUUUAUACCAUAUUAUUUAAAUGGUACACUGAUGAGCCUUACAGGUUGAGGAUGCUCAAGAGACUUGUAGAUCGUGCUACCAGUAGCACAGAAGGUAGUCGUGAAAUAGACUUGGAUUUGGAGAUUUUGGUGAUCUUGGUUUGUGAGGAGCAAGAAAUUGUUAGACCGGUUCUGAGCAUGAUGCGAGAAGUUGCUGAACUUGCAAAUGUUGAUAGGGCGGCUCUUUGGCAUCAGCUCUGUGCCACUGACGAUGAAAUUCUUCGACUUCGUGAAGAAAAGAAAGCAGAACUUGCUAGUGUGGCCAAGGAAAAAGCUCAUAUGUCGCAGAAGUUAAGCGAAUCAGAGGCUGCCAAUAACCGACUUAAGUCUGAGCUGAAGACUGAAGUUGAUCGUUUUGCCCGGGAAAGAAAGGAGCUGUCUGAACAGAUUCAAGAAGUUGAGAGUCAACUGGAGUGGCUUCGCUCAGAGCGGGAUGAUGAAAUAGCGAAACUCAGUGCAGAAAAGAAAGUUCUUCAGGAUCGUCUGCAUGAUGCAGAGUCACAGCUUUCCCAAUUGAGAUCACGAAAACGUGAUGAGUUGAAGAGAGUUAUGAAAGAGAAAAAUGCAUUGGCCGAGAGGUUAAAGAAUGCCGAAGCUGCUCGGAAAAGGUUUGAUGAAGAACUGAAGCGAUAUGCCACAGAGAAUGUUACUCGUGAAGAAAUAAGGCAAUCACUUGAAGAUGAGAUUCGCCGGCUGACACAAACUGUUGGGCAAACUGAAGGGGAGAAGCGUGAGAAAGAAGAGCAAGUUGCUCGAUGUGAAACUUAUAUUGAUGGGAUGGAAUCCAAAUUGCAGGCCUGUGAGCAAUACAUUCAUCAUCUUGAGGCUUCGCUUCAGGAAGAAAUGUCGCGUCAUGCACCUCUAUAUGGUGUUGGCUUAGAAGCUUUAUCCAUGAAAGAGUUGGAGACAUUGUCACGCAUCCAUGAAGAUGGACUGAGACAGAUUCAUACAAUUCAGCAGCGCAAAGGAAGUCCUGCUGGUAGUCCUCUUGUAAGCCCCCAUUCCCUUCCGCACAAUAAUGGAUUAUAUCCUGCUACUCCACCUCCAAUGGCCGUUGGACUGCCACCUUCCCUCGUUCCAAAUGGUGUUGGAAUCCACAGCAACGGACACGUGAAUGGUGCAGUUGGCCCCUGGUUCAACCACUCCUGAAUCAAGGUCAAAUGCAUCAUUUAGGUCAGUUGGGGGAACAUUCUUGUUUGAUCAGCUUUGUUUGUCUAUUGCGAGCCUGGUAUCGUCCCAAUACGAAAGGGUUGCCCCAUUUACGAGUUAAUUGGCAAUUGAAGGGCUUUGGAAUUCAUGGGAAAAAUCAAGAGAUCUUAUAUAAUGGGUGGUGUCAGUGUAGUGUUGUUUUUCUGGGAUGGGUCUGGCCAUGUGAUUCCGAUGGCUAUUUAACAAUUCCAAAUGCCGUUGCUUGUUUGAGGUGAUCCGUCCGAUAAAAGGCAUUAAAAAGUUUUGUUUUCUUCCCCACCUUUUCUUUUUCUCCUUCCAUCCUUUAAUGACUCUCUCUUUGGUUUUGGUUUAAGUUUUAACACAUUCAUUAUUUUUCCCUAUUUUUCUUGUGGCCAAAGGUGCAGUAUUUGCUGCCUUUUGUUUGCCUCCUCAUCUCUCAUCCUUUCUGUUACUGUAUUCCCUUGGAUUCUUGUAAGCUCUUUUUUUGUAAAUAUAUCAACAUAAGUGGAAUAUAGACGUUUAACAGAAUCCAAAUUUGUGGGUUUUGAAGUUGAAAA